CUCCUGUUGAAGGGUCAAGCCUAGUCAGACCAGGUCAGACAUCGAAUGGCAGGUGAGAGUCUUAGAUAGUAUAAAUGUCGGCAACAUGAUCCCCCAGCGAAGAGGUACCCCUCUCAAACACUGACUCGGAUAGUACAUGAUGUUGUCCCUUGUCAUUCUCGGAGUUCUGGUCUCCGUGGUUCAUGCCGAAUUCUACCCCACGUACCCGAACAUUGAGAGAUGUGUCGGCCUCCCAGUACAGUACUCCUGCGAAAAUACAACGGUGACGGAUUCAUGCUGCAAUGUCGUACAAGGCGGGCUUGUGCUACUGGCGCAAUUCUGGAAUACAUAUACUGGUCUCGAGUCCCAUGCCCAACUGCUUCCAAAAGGCAGCUGGGGUAUUCAUAGCAUAAUACCACUCAACUGCGAUGGUACUACGGCAGGCCAGUACUGCGAUCCUAGCAGGCAGUAUGACCCCAAGCCAUCGCCAUCAACGUUGUCCAAUGGAACGGUCAUUAAUCCUUAUAAAGGACCGAGUGUUAGACAAUUUAUCCAGGAAUUCGGUCGCUCCGACUUAUUGAAUUACAUGGAUACCUUUUGGAUCAACCAGGGCGCACCUAAUGAGGAUUUAUGGGCUCACGAGUUCUCAAUACAUGCUACUUGCACAUCCGCGUUCGACGUUGCUUGCUACGAGCCCGGAUACAAGAAACACCAGGAAGUCGUCAACUUCUUCGAGACUGUCGUAAAGGUUUUCCAGAUGUAUCCUACAUACGAUAUACUCGCUGUUUCCGGAAUUGUUCCCUCCAAUACAACGACAUACACCCGCGCACAGAUCACAAAUGCCCUUUACUCUCAAACUGGUGCUGACCCUUGGCUUAACUGUCAUGAUGGCACUGUUUUGAAGGAGAUCCGGUACUUCCACCAUGUUCUGGGCACAGAGCAAUACGGUCACUUCAAGCCUCUCGACUCCAUUAUUUCUUCAACCUGCGCAGAAACUGGAAUCUGGUAUUAUGAACGAACUCCGACGUCCGAGAAGGCUGAUUGAGCUAAAUACGGGGUUCAAUGUCACCUUGUUCUGCGAGGUCGCGC